AUGACGCGCGGCUGGGUCCUCGAAUUCCUCACGCUGGUCGUUCUCUUCUCCUCAGCAUCCACCCGAGAUCUGGCGUGGAACGGUCAUACAACGCCUGGGUCGACUGUGCCGUCUACUUUCACUCCAUACUACGUCCCGCCGGGCACGAAAAGCUAUGAUUCUCACUCUCCUCUCGUUCACUACUCUGGUAAGUGGACGGACUCGUACUCUAGGAGCUAUGUCGGCAAGACGCUGCGGUCUACUUCUCAGGUCAAGUCUGUGGUCAGAUUCACAUUCACUGGGACGGGCAUCGAGUGGUUCGGGAAUACGGACAAGAGGCACGGUAUUGCUAAUGUGUAUCUGGAUGGCAAGCUCGUCCAGCACGUCGAUGCUUACUCCAGCGUCGCGCGGAAACAGCAGCGGGUCUUUUGGGACUUCAAUCUGCCUCUUGGAAGGCACACUAUCAAGAUCAUCAAUUCUGGACGGAAGAGCUCGCGUGCAACUGGAAAUCUGAUAGACAUUGAUGCUUUCGUCGUCACUCAAGGCCACAUUCGCUAUAGACAGAGCGUUCCCCUCCAGGCGAGCCCUCGAGUGCAACCUCAGGUGUCCAACGCCGUGGCCCAGCCUCAGCCUCAGAAUCUCGCUCAAGACUCCCAGCAAGACUCAGCUCAAUGGUUGUUACAGCAAAAGGGCAACACGGGCGUACAUGCUAUGCAACUGGCUAUCAUUUCACCCUCUCACGCUCUUGUGGUGGACAAAGUGGAGCAUAACCCCCUCACCGUGGACGGCCACCCGGCUUGGGCUGCGCUGUAUAAUCUCAAUACGCACGCCGUGAAGCCCCUUCGCGUCCAAUCGAACUCUUUCUGUGCUGGUGGGACUUUUCUCGGCAAUGGAACGAUGAUCAAUGUUGGUGGAAACCCUGUCGUGGAGAGUCACACUGCAGCUGCUGACUUUGGCGACGCUGAUGGACUUCAAGCAAUCCGUUUGCUCGAGCCUUGUGACUCCAACGAUGCGGAUGACUGUGCCUUAUUCGAGGAUCAUGCGAGAUUGAGGAUGGCUAGUGCACGGUGGUAUAAUACGGUGCUGAGGAUCUCAGAUGGCAGCGCUAUGAUCAUGGGAGGCUCGACCAAAGGAGGCUGGAUGAACAAUGCUACGACGAACAACCCAACCAUCGAGUUCUUCCCACCAAAGAAUAUACACGGAUCCAACGGACUUCCUGUUCAUCUGCCUUUCCUCGUCGACACACUCAACUCCAAUCUAUUUCCUAUUGCAUUCUCACUUCCUGACGGAAGGGUUUUUGUCGCUGCCAACCGGGACGCCAUGAUCUAUGACUGGGAGUCCAAUUCCGAACAAAGGCUUCCUCAGAUUCCCAACGGCGUGCGUGUCACGUAUCCUAUGACAGGAACCGCACUCCUGCUCCCCCUUUCGUCUGACAACGAUUACACAGCCGAGAUCCUCCUUUGUGGUGGCUCUUCGAUCGACGAUGCUAAAGCCAGCUGGGACAUCUCCUCUCAGGAUCCUGCAUCGUCUCAGUGCUCACGCAUGGUGCUUAACGACGCCGGAAUUCAAGCAGGAUGGCAGGUCGAACAGAUGCCAGAAGCCCGCACGAUGCCAGAUGCCGUCCUCCUCCCAACAGGAAAGAUCCUCAUCGUCAAUGGUGCUGGUUCUGGAAUCUCAGGCUACGGCAAUGUAAAAGAUCAGGUCGGCUCCUCGAAUGCAGCAAAUCCCGUGCUGACCCCCGUGUUGUACGAUCCUACGCUGCCUUCUGGUCAGCGCUUCUCUUCGGGUGGUAUGCCGUCGAGCAGUAUCCCGAGAUUGUACCAUUCGAUCGCGACACUCACGCCGAACGGAGACAUCAUGAUUGCGGGCAGCAACCCGAAUCUCGACCGGAGCGAGGUGCAGUUUGGCACAGAGUACAGGGUUGAGUGGCUGACUCCUCCUUACAUGACCGCGGAUAGACCUGUUCUGGACCGUGUACCGACGAAGAUCGGGUUUGGGGAGGACGUUAAGCUGCAGGUCAAGCUACCUAGCAAUGGAAAGUUUGAUAUCAAAGUCGCAUUGAUGGACCUUGGCUUUGUUACGCACGCCGUGCACUCCAAUUCCCGCCUCGUUUAUUUGACUGCAUCCCUAUCGGAUGACAAGCAAACAAUUACCAUCACGGGGCCACCUAGCGGAAAGAUCUAUCCUCCUGGACCCGGCUGGCUGUAUGUUGUCGUUGACGGCGUACCUAGCACAGGUGCAAAAGUGAUUAUUGGCGAUGGGCAGAGCCCUCCCGUCGACACGGACGCCCUGCAGAACUUACUCACAAGCACAGACCCAGAUCAAUACGAGAAGGCGAAGGGCAAGCAGAAGGACGAAGGGUCUGAGUGA